GAAGUUGCUUUUUGGAGAACUAGACCGAGACUAAAAUUGAGUCCCAUCAUGCAGGCUGCAUUGAAAUUGUGCCAGCAUUGUGCCAGCAAUGUGCCAGCCACCAGCAGGUCAUUUGCAGCAGCUGGAGCUGGCUGCAGCCUCCAUGGGGACGACCGUCUUGAUCUGAUUUCGACUUGGAGGUGCCCCUUCGUUUCUAAAGAAUACCAUGGCGCAGAGCCUUCAGGGCCGGGCGUCUGUGCACGCUUUGGGGGCCGAAAUUUCUGCUCAAGUCAGCAGCAAUGGGAGGGUGGUGGCCAGCGGUUGUGCGCUCCCAGCUCUUGCACACGAGCCCGUAAGGAUAGUUUAUGGUCCCCUACGGAGCCUCAAUCCAGCUAUAACAUUGAAGGGUUAUAGGGUGCCAAGGAGCAAUCGGCCAUGCAGCCAUGUAUGCAGGGCUAUGAAUAAGGACAAUUCUGGUUCGCUUUCACGGGGAGGCAAUCGAGAGGGGAAUUCAACCGAGGAAGACCCCCUGUUUGCGGAAAGAGGGGACGGAGCAAAGUGCCCCGUCCCCCUGGAUCAGCAGCCGAUCAACGAGUACAAGUCCCUCAGCAGCUCAAACUUUUUUUCUUGGGCCCAGAAAGAGCCCACAGAAUUUGCACUGCGGUUGGGAAUUCUUGGGUGCGGAGUGUUUGCCUUUCUGGGCUGGCCCGUCGCGAGCCUGAGUUUUGAUCCAUCAGAGGACCCCUUGAAGGUCGCAGUGGGAGCUUUAGCGGGGGCGCUUUUGUCUGUCACUGUGGCGGUGGUGCGGCUGUACAUGGGCUGGCAGUACGUGGGUGACCGCCUGACAAACGCUGCUGUUGAAUACGAGGAGAGUGGGUGGUACGAUGGACAGACGUGGAUAAAAACGCCGGAGGUGAUUGCACGAGACAGAUUGCUUGGGACAUACCGAGUAAAACCGAUACUGCGGCGGCUCAAGUCGGUGCUGACUGGGCUGGGCGUGUCUUUAGCUAGCUGCUCGUUGCUGCUGCUGAGUUACUCGUCCAACACGCACGAGGACAGUGAGUUCCAGCAGGUCGUGCGCGCAUUCAUCCUCGUGCCCGCACUCUUCAUCCGACUGCCGAGCGCCGGCUCGGACGAACAGGUGUCCUUGGAUCCGUUCGCUGCACGAAAAUACGUUCUCGCCGGGGCAGUCGCCCUGGCGACCGUCGCUGCCAUAUACUUAUACAGUGCACCUGGUCCCGUCGAAGAUUACCAACGGGACGAUGGUCGGGUAGGGAUUCAGCCGUGGUCCCGCUAUUACUCCGAAUUUGUGGCUGCUCCAGGAGUUUACAGCGACGAUGAUGCUAGGAAGUUUGAGCCCCCGGGGACCUUUGACGACGUUAAGACGGGCCAGGGGAAUGGUGACACGCCUGGGGUUUUACUUUCUGGCCGCAGCGGGGAUGUUGGCACAAUCGGAGGAAGUCGAGAGGAGCAGAUAGGCGGAGGCCUGCCUGAUUAUUGCAGGUAGGUCUCAUGUGCAUAUAGCAUCAUGCAUGACGUGAAAAGCACGUCCAUUUCCGCCACUUUGAAUCAUAGGAAUUGGUUGAGUCAAGUACUUGAACAUUGACAAGGACUUGGGCAGCUGUUGCAAGAUUCGUGUACAAAUGAUACGCUAAAAGGUUCAUUUGUAGUAGCAAUUAGCGUUGAUUUGACAUUGUACAUGUGUGCACGCAAUCGAAGUACUAUUUGGAAAUUGACAAUUUGGAAAUUGACAAGAGUUUAAACGAGCAGAUGCGAUGAGUAUUCAUGAUCGGAUGCCAAUUUGACAAGAUUGUGAAGCCCUAAAGCGCGAACACUAGCAGUCAUGUCCCAGAUAUUCGGCCCUCGACCAAGAGAAAAAUGCACGAAAAAGUUUCCAGCAAUCGAG